AUGGAUAUUGACCUCUCCCGUCGCAACAAGAAACCGCGGCUUCUCCUGGAAGCGGAAAGAGAAGAAUUGGAAGAAUUCAUCGAUUCAAUUCACUACUCGUCCAGGUACUCCGAUAGUGAAUUCGAGUAUCGUCAUGUCCAGUUACCGAAGAAUAUGUUGAAGAAGAUCCCACCAGAGUACUUCGACCAGUCCAAAGGAACACUCAAGCUUUUGUGGGAGGAAGAAUGGAGAGGUCUGGGUAUUACACAGAGUCUGGGCUGGGAACACUACGAGGUCCACGAACCAGAGCCACAUAUUCUCCUAUUCAAGUGA